GCAACUGCGGCAGCGUCUCUCUUACUUAUCCCUGGAGUCCUUUCCGAAAGCCUCUACCCACGCUCCUCAGAAGUUCUCCAACUCGACUCAAGAUCCUACGACAGCUUGAUCGCUCGAUCCAACCACACAAGCAUCGUCGAAUUCUACGCUCCAUGGUGUGGACACUGCAAAAACCUCCAACCGGCCUACGAAAAGGCCGCAAAAUCCCUCAAAGGUCUAGCCAAAGUUGCUGCAGUGAACUGCGAUGAGGAGAGCAACAAAAAUUUCUGCGGCUCGAUGGGUGUGCAGGGCUUUCCAACAUUGAAGAUCGUCCGUCCUGGCAAGAAACCCGGUCGACCUGCAGUUGAGGAUUAUCAGGGGCCACGAACGGCAAAGGGAAUCGUCGAGGCCGUCUCUGACAAAAUCCCGAAUCACGUCAAGCGGCUGAAGGACUCGGACUACGCGUCAUGGGCCGCUGGGAGUGCUUCGCCGAAGGCGAUCCUAUUUUCCGACAAAGGCACCGUCAGCACUCUCCUGAAAGCGAUUGCGAUCGACUUCCUGGGUGGAAUUGAGCUGGCGCAGAUCCGCGACAAAGAAAAAGACGCCGUAGGUGCUUUCGGCGUGACGAAAUUUCCAACCUUGGUCCUACUACCCGGCGAAGGAAAAGAUCCCAUCAUAUACAACGGCGACAUCAAGAAGCCUGCCAUUGUCGAAUUCUUGUCUCAAGUGACUGCCCCCAACCCUGAUGCUGCGCCGAAGAAGGCCUCCUCAAAGGCGCAGAAACCCGCGGACAAGAAGAAAGCCUCGAAAUCCUCCUCCAAAUUCGCCGCUUCCUCCGCCUCCCAAGCCUCGGCUGAAAAGCCCACCCAAACCUCCGAGACCCUCGUUGAAGACAACGCACCCCCGGCAGGCUCUCCCGACCCCAAAGUCUCCAGCGAGAGACCCAUCGACCUUCCCGUCGCGACCAGCGCACCGCUCAUCUCCGCCCUCGUUUCCGGCCCCGAAUUCCAACAAUCCUGCCUCUCCACCCUCUCCGGGACCUGCAUCCUCGCGCUCCUCCCACAAGACUCCGCCAUCACCGAAUCCUCCGAUCCCGACAGCGAUACCACCCUCGCCGUGCGCGCCCUGAGCACAAUCCAACAGAAACUCUCCGCGGGCGGGAAACGCACCGUCUUCCCUUUCUACCAAAUCCCAUCCACGAACCCGGCCGUCGCACCUCUCCGCAAGGAACUAGGCCUCAAGGAUGAACAUCUCGGCCUCGUCGCCAUCAACGGGAAGAAGGGUUGGCGACGGGAUUACGGCGGUGUUCACCCUGCUUUUGGACUUACGGCAUUAGAGAGCUGGAUCGAUGAUCUGCGCAUGGGCGACCUGCCGAAAGUCAAAUUGAGCGAGGGAUUGCUCGUUGAG